CUUAGAAUGCUUUCCAGGACAACAGUGGUAAACAGAGUCGGCUUUACAGACAGAAAAUGUUAGGGGAAAUUAAGUGGUCCAGUCCCUGAUAAUGAAAUGGUGAUGUGUUAUAGAUGAAUUAAUUUACAAGGAGUCACAAUGUUGGCACUCCUUGGUGGAAUCUUCCUCCUUCAUCUCACUGGCAUCAUCCUCCUCCUUGCGGCGACCAUUAACAAUGCCUGGUGGGUCUCAGACACUUUGUCCACUGAUAUCUGGGCUCGCUGGGUGUGGGUCAAUGGAGCAUGGAACUACACUGACCUCCCUAAUAUCCACACGUACAGUGAAGAGUACCUCCAGGCAGUGCAGGCAAGUUCGGUGCUGGCCUGCAUCUUCUCCAUCCUGGGCCUCUUUGUGUUUGUAGGCCAGCUUUUCACCCUCUCCAAGGGAAAGAGGUUCGCCUUCUCUGGCAUCUUCCAGCUCCUAGCCUGCCUGUGCAUUAUGAUCGCAGCCUCCAUCUACACAGACAGGUUCCACAAGAAUGAGGAUGGUUGGCACGGCGCCUCUUUCAUCCUGGCCUGGAUCUCCUUCGUCAUCACCUUCAUCUCCUGUGUAAUCUACUUUGUGCUGCGCAAGAAGACGGCGUGAGCAUCAGCCCAUGAAGUGUAGACCUAACAAAUGAUGAAGCUUUAUGUUGUUUGAUUUCGUUCCUCGAUGUGCGGGGGUUUUUUUUGUAUACAUGUAGAGUUGGAUAUAGAGGUGGGGGAUUUGAAAAGGGUGUAUUUUUAUACUUCAUCCUCCUUUUUUUCCACCAUGUCAUUUGAUUAAUGUAUUAAUUAUUUCAAAGUUAAUACAAUUUUAAUAGCAUUCAUAGAUUUGCCAGAGCAGGCGCGAUGGGGGGAGAGAGAUUAAGGGAGAGAAAAACAGAGAAGGAAAGCGAGAAACAUAUUAUUAAGCCAGGGAUGCAUCAAUUCAGACGUUCUCAAGCUAUUAUCGCAUCCUGCAAACAUUUGAUUGAUUUUUCAAUUAUUGCCCCAAAUAAAACCAAGUCAAGCCACACUAAGCCCCGCAGGAAAACAAACAGAAGACUCUCUUGAGUGUGGAGAAUAUAAUUCAGUUUUAGAUCGGCAGGAGUCCCUGAGUCUCCCCGCUUAGUGACUCACAGCACCCAACAAUACUGACACUAUGGGACCAGGCCACAGGGUAGCCCUCUGUGGCACCGUAUGAGCAACUCAAUAUAUAUAUGCACAAAUAACACAACAACACAUGUAAUAUUAUAUGAUAAUAAUGGUAUACGUAACGUUAAUACUAACCUCAGAUUCAGAAACUGGAUAGGUCAACCUGCGAGGUGUUUUAGGUUAAGCUUCUGAUAAAAAAAAGCUCUGUGUUAUUCGUUUUUGUAAAUGAGGUAUUGAGUGAUGGGUGAGGUGAGGAUCACUGUCAGGAGGUACUGUGUGAGCCUUGUUUACUUGACCUUAGUCACGUGCCUCCGCUUACAGCACUCUGACUCAUGUGUACAUAUGAAUACGUUUGAUUUCUUGUUUUUAGCAUUGAAUACCUAAUACACACUUUUGUGAUUUUUGUGUCAUGAGAAAAAUGAUUUGUAUUAAAGCUUGAUUCCUUUUGGA